UGCAUUUAACGUUAUGGUCGGUUAUUAAUCGAUUACAUCAGCGAACACUCGAAAUCUCCGUCAUCUUCGUUCGCCGUGCUGUUAAUAAUGGCAAAACUAACAGUCCUUUAUGAACACGCCACCGGCUUCACGCUGUUUAAAGUUAAAGAAUUUGAAGAAAUAGGUUCAGAAUUAGCACAAGUUGAAAAAUCUGUGCGCGACUUACAGCGUUUCACCAAAAUCAUUGAGCUAUUGGCAUUUGCUCCUUUCAAAACAUCUGUUGAUGCAUUGGAAUCCAUCAACAGCAUUUCUGAAGGUUUAUUGCCGGAGAGUCUACAAAUAUUUUUAGAAACCAAUGUACCUAAAGUGGGUAAAAUGUCAAAAGUCACGUUGGGAGUUGCUGACAGCAAAUUGGGCGCAAGCAUAAAUGAAAAACUUGGUCUCAAGAUACAACAUACUGGAUUUAUACUCGAGAUAUUGAGAGGUAUUAGAUACCAUUUCCCAUCCCUCAUGAAAGGAUUUGCUCCUAAGUUGGAAGGUGUAGCCCAACUAGGUUUAGGUCAUAGUUAUUCUAGAGCUAAAGUGAAGUUCAAUGUUAAUAAAGUUGACAACAUGAUUAUACAUAGUGUGUCUUUGCUUGAUCAGUUGGACAAAGACCUGAAUACCUAUUCAAUGCGUAUCAGAGAAUGGUACUCCUAUCAUUUCCCAGAACUUUACAAGAUUGUACCAGAAAAUUAUUUAUUUGCUAAAGUAGUAAAGUAUGUAGGAGAUCGUAAACAACUUACUGAAGAUAAAUUAGAAGGUCUUGAAGAGAUAGUAAUGGAUGCAGGAAAAGCAGCAGCAAUUUUAAGUGCAGCCAAAUCAUCAAUGGGCAUGGAUAUUUCUCCAGUUGAUUUAACUAAUGUACUGAUGUUCACCAAUCGAGUUGUUUCAUUAUCUGAGUAUAGAAAAAGUCUAUCAGAGUAUUUAAAGAAUAAAAUGGGAACUGUUGCACCAAAUAUGGCUGCUUUAAUUGGUGAACAAGUUGGAGCUAGACUUAUUUCUAAAGCUGGUUCAUUGACAAAUUUAGCCAAAUGUCCAGCAUCUACAGUACAAAUUUUAGGUGCUGAGAAAGCUCUUUUCAGAGCAAUGAAGACCAAAACUAGUACUCCAAAAUAUGGUCUAAUAUAUCAUUCAACAUUCAUUGGACGUGCUGGCAGACAAUAUAAAGGACGUGCCUCUCGUUUUCUUUCAAAUAAAUUGAGUAUUGCCAGCCGUAUUGAUGCUUUUGCAGAUAAUCCUUGUAAUAUUUUUGGUUUAAAAAUGAAACAACAAUGUGAAGAUAGACUUAAAUAUUUUGAAACUGGCGAAAAACCUCCUAAAAAUGUUGAUGUUAUGCAUGCUGCUCUUCAAGAAUCACUUGUCUUGCAAGAACAAAAUGAAAGUCUUAACACUAGUGUGAAGCGUAAGAAAGCAAAGAAAGAAAAAAAAUCAAAAAAGAAAAAAAUAGAAAAUAAUCAAGAAAAUGAAGACUAAUUGUUUUGUAUUUU